CUCUCUCUCUCUCUCUCUCUCUCUCUUCUCUCUCUCUUCUCUUUCUUUCUUUUCUUUCCUCGUCUCACCUCAUAAACACAUACACACACACAACAGCCUCCUCAUCCUCCUCAUCCUCCCCAUCACCCCCAUCACCCCUCACACAGCUCCAUCCCUCUUCUCUUCAUCAUCAUGCAGGCCAUCAAGUGUGUUGUCGUCGGAGACGGUGCCGUCGGAAAGACCUGCCUCCUCAUCAGUUACACGACCAAUGCCUUCCCCGGCGAGUAUAUCCCUACUGUCUUCGAUAACUACUCUGCUAAUGUCAUGGUCGACGGAAAGCCCAUUAACCUGGGUCUCUGGGAUACCGCUGGUCAGGAGGAUUACGAUCGUCUCCGUCCUCUCUCCUACCCUCAGACCGAUGUGUUCCUCAUCUGCUUCUCCCUCGUCAGCCCUCCCUCGUUCGAGAACGUCAAGACCAAGUGGAACCCUGAGAUCAGCCAUCACGCACCCAACAUCCCCACUAUCCUUGUUGGAACAAAGUUGGAUUUGCGUGAGGAUAAGGACACCCUGGACAAGCUGCGCGAGAAGCGCAUGAUGCCCAUCUCAUACCCCCAAGGUCUCCAGAUGGCCAAGGAGAUCUCUGCUGUCCGCUACCUUGAGUGCUCGGCCUUGACCCAGAAAGGCCUCAAGAACGUCUUUGACGAGGCCAUCCGCGCUGUCCUCUGCCCGGUCCAGCCCUCAAAGAGAUCCAAGAAGUGCCUUAUUCUGUAAACGGGACUUUGAUAGGACGAGGACAGUGAUCAUGGAUGAGGAGGGGCCGGAAGUGCGUCUGAAUAUUGUUGUCUACAAGGGGACGAUCCACGUAUUUUAUUCCAUCUUCGCAGAUCCAACAGAACCCUUUUUUUUUCUUCCUCAUACGCCGUGGUCAUCAUACUUUUUUCUUUUCUUGAUUGUUACCAUGGAUCGUCAGUGAUAAUUGAGAAAGGCUUUCACAUAUAUACUUCAUUCAUUUUUUUUUUUUUUAUAUAUAUAUCACUCUUCCUCUUAGUGCACCUAUUACUAUAUAUAUUUUACGCAAUAAACCUUUCAUACAAUGCGUCUAGACAAACG